AUGAAUGCGCAGACUCCGCCCGCACCGGCCCCCGCCACCUGGGCCUCAUUGCCUCGCAAGUCUCAACUGUUCAUCCUGUUCCUCUGCCGCGCCGUCGACUUUCUCCAGGUCGCCUCCCUGCAAGCCUACAUCUUCUUCCAGCUCAAGUAUUUUGAUGCCGGGCUCUCAGAUGCGGCGGCCUCGGCGCAGGCGGGCGUCUUGCAGGGCUGCUUCUCCGGCGCGCAGGUCGUGACGGCAGUGUUGUGGGGAAAGGCCUCCGAUGCCCCAUGGGCUGGCCGCAAGGUUGUCAUCAUGACAGGCCUCAUGGGGACGGCUCUCUCGUGCGUCGGAUAUGCCUUUGUGAAGACCUUUGCCUGGGCCGUUUUCUGGCGGAUCGUCGGCGGGGGCGUCAAUGGCACCGUUGGCGCCGUACGAACCAUGGUGGCUGAGAAUGUUGCAGAGAAAAGAUUUCAGUCGAGAGCAUUCUUGUUGCUGCCGCUGAGUUUCAAUGUCGCCAACGUCAUCGGCCCACGUAAGUCUCGCGGCCCCUCUUCAGAGAACGCCAUCAUCGAACUGACGCCGCCAGCCAUGGGAGGACUCCUCGCCGAUGCGCCGGCUACCUUGCCGCGCUUCUUCGGCCGAGAUGCCAUCUUCGGCUUCCGAUGGAUCCAGGCAUACCCCUAUGCUCUGCCCAGUCUUUUGAAUGCCGUUUUCCUGACCCUCGUCUCGGGGCUCGUCUUCUUCUGUCUGGAGGAGACGUCUCCUGAGAGGAAAGACGGGUAUGACCUGGGCCUGGCCAUCGCCGCCCGCAUCAGAAGUAGACUGUCCGGCGCUCCGUCGUCUUCAGGUUACUCGCGCGUAGAGACCUCCGAUCUUGGUCUGGGAGGAGAAGACAGCAUCGUCCUGGACACCGCCGAGGUGCCAGCUACCAACCAACCAACUCGGCAGUGCCGCCAGAAGACCAGGCAGAAGCUCCCCUUCCACCGUAUCUGGACCCGCAACGUCAUCCUUAUCCUGCUGACGACAGCCCUCUUCGAGUUCCAGCUCGGCGCUUUCGCGAACCUCUGGCCCCUCUUCCUCUCGACGCCGCGCCCCGCCUCCGGAUCAGCCCCACUCGCCGGCGGCCUGGCCUUCUCCGCACCCAAGGUCGGCCUCGGCAUGUCUCUCCUUGGCCUUCUCGGCCUGCCCCUGCAGCUCGCUCUCUAUCCACCUUUGCAGGCCCGCCUCGGCACUCUGCGCUCCUAUCGCUACUUUCUGCCGCUUUUCUCUGUCGCCUACCUUCUCGCGCCCAUGCUCGCUGUCCUGCCACCCGCCGCACUGGGGGGCUUCGUCAUGUGGGUCGGCAUCGCCCUCGUUGCCGCGUGUCAGGGGACCGGGCACGAGAUAGUCCUGGAGGGUGAGGAGGAGUAG